GCCCUGAAGAACAAUGUGCGGAUGCUUGGUGUUCAUGGUCAUCUUUUUAACACGCCAUUUGAUACGAGGAAGGGCUGUAGCUUUGCGACUUAUGAGUGAAAAGAGCGGAUGGAGGUGAGGCGAAUAAGGUUUGAUCAAGAAACAUAAUUUAAACGCGCGGUAAAAGCGUCACUGCCAGCAUCUUUCUUUUUUCUUCUCCAUCACACUUUCAUACCUACCACCAACUUCUCAUCUUGCAUUCAAUUCCAUGACAGAGAUUUCCUCCCUCUCCUCGCUAUUGAAGCGUCUCGAAGCUGCCACCACAAAGCUAGAGGACCUGGCUAUGGCCGGCGCUUCCGCUUCAAACGUCUCCUCCUCGCUCACAGGAAACAGCGGUGCCCACGCACCCCAGGGCCAGCUUUCGCAGUUGGGAGACACCCCUUCUGCGGGUGGUGCUGCUGGUGGACAAGGAACGAGCCAUCCGCACGUCGAGGGUUUCGAUGAACUGCUGGAUGGCCCUCUCAAGAACUACUUAGAACUAAGUAAGACUGUCGGUGGUGUUGUCGAGGAGCAGGCCAAAUGUGUCUGCAGCCUGUUUGCGGCCCAGCGUGAGAUGAUCUUGGUUGCGACCUUGAGCCAGAAACCACCCAUGACCUCGGCUGUCUUCAGUCAGCUGCUCGAGCCCACGCAGGCGGAGCUGACGAAGGUGAUUCUGAUCCGCGAUAAGAGUCGAUCGAACCCUCUUUCCACCCAUCUGGCCGCUGUCACAGAGGGUAUUCCAGCCCUUGGAUGGGUUGCUAUCGAGCCCAAGCCAGCAUCCUUUAUCGGCGAAAUGAAAGAUAGCGCCCAGUUCUUUGCCAACCGCGUUGUUAAGGACUGGAAGGAGAAGGAUCAGAAUCACGUCCUCUGGGUCCGCUCGUACAUAAAUCUGUUGAACGAGCUGCAGAACUAUGUCCGCAAGUUCCAUACUACUGGAUUGGUUUGGAAUCCAAAGGGUAAUACUCUGGACAGCAACAACCUGAACCGCGCAUCAGCCGCUGCUGCUGCCUCUACACCUGCUCCAGCUCCUGCCGCAGCCCCUGCACUGGCCCCUACACCAUCGGCCGGAGGACCUCCCCCACCACCUCCCCCACCUCCACCACCCAUGAUGGACUCUGCUCCCGUAGCAAAGAAUCCCACGGAGCAUGACAUGUCGGCCGUCUUUGCUCAAUUGAACCAGGGGGAGACGAUCACAGCUAAUUUGCGCAAGGUCGAUAAGAGCAAGAUGACCCACAAGAACCCUGAACUGCGUGCCUCAGGCAUGGUCACUGCCUCCGUAGGCAACAAACCAGGAUCGCCCAAGAGAGCUGGCCCUGGUGCCCCACCGAAGCCUGCAUCAUUGACGCUCAAGAAGCCACCAAAGCUGGCUCUGGAGGGCAACAAGUGGGUUGUGGAGAAUUUUGAAAACAACAACGAGGUGAUUCUGGAUAAGGUUGAGCUCAACCACUCUGUCUACAUUUACGGCUGCAAAAACUCCACGAUUCAAAUCAAGGGCAAGAUCACAACCGUGGCCGUGGACUCGUGCACAAAGACUGGACUCUGUCUCGAGUCGCUGAUCUCGUCGCUGGAUGUCGUCAACUCAAAGUCGAUUCAUGCCCAGAUUUUGGGUCGGGCACCAACUGUCAGCUUGGACAAGGUGGAUUCGUGCAUGGUUUAUUUGUCAAAGGACUGCAUGGAUAUUGAGAUCUUGACGUCGAAAUGCUCGUCAGUCAACAUCCUCACGCCAGAUUCGACCGAAGAUGGCGCGGAGGGAGAUUUUGUCGAGCGUCCUGUUCCAGAACAGUUCUUGACCAAGAUUGUGGAUGGAAAGGUUAUCACCACGGCUGUGGAGCACAGUGGGUAGAGCUAGAAGAUGGUGUGGUUGUUGGCGAAGAGUUCUUUUCCAAUAAAGUGUGCCUAUUUACUUGCUUAUGCU